AGCCGGCUCAUUGCUCUUGAAUUUUUUGACUUUCAAGCUCCUCCGACGCGGAUAACCCCCGUGCAUAACUUUAACUCACGUCGCAGGUUUGGGACGAUGGAAAAACGAUCGGUUACGGUCGCGCUGCUCUUCGGCCUCGUUUGCGCGACUUUGCUGGACGACGCGCUUACUUCCCCGGUCCAGCCACAAGAAGAAAACAUUGUAUUGAAUUCCAAGUUUUUCUCAAAGUCACCGGAAUAUGUCGAGGCUCUCGCAAAGGAGUUGGAAAAAGAGAGGCUGGAAGAGCCGAUGAGAUGGUGGACGUUGUUCAAGCAGAUGUUGAUGUCCAAGCCGAACCACGAGAAGGACGUGUUCAAGCGCAACCUCGACUCCAUCGGCGGUGGGAACCUGUUGCGCCGCGACCUCGGCAACGUCGAGUUGGACGGUAACUCGAUGGGUUCGAGAAUCAACGGGGCCAGUCGCACUCGGCGCCGCCACGUUUACCACGGGGGUGGCGGUAGCUCGCUCGACAGCAUCGGCAACGGAAACCUCGUGCGGCGCGACACCCUGGUGCUGAACAACGACGACGACGACGACGACGACGACGAGCAGAAUUUUUUCGACUUCUAAUCAUUCGCCAUCCCAAUUUACAAUCGCACCGGCUGGAUGGACAAUCCUCCUCGACUGUUAUACAUGCAGCUGCUCUACCAAGAAUAUCAUUUUUUUUACGAAUUUAUUUGUCACUUUUUUCUUCUUCUUCUUCUUCUUCUUCUUCUUUUCUUUCAUUUUUUUAAAGCAAAUUGUCUAGGCAUUAAGAAACAAACUAUAAUUUAUUAUUUAUUACGUAUAUAUUAUUAUUAUUACUAUUAUUAUUAUUAUAAUGUAGCAUCCAAAGUAUUUUUAUAUUUAAAGUUUAAGGUGUACGAAUAAAACAAAAAGUUUAUAUAUAUUUACCCACGCACAAGCAAAAUACAAUGUGUACGUACAAGUA